UUGGAGAUCGACUUCUCAGAGCUUGUUCUGGAAGAAAUCAUUGGCAUAGGGGGCUUCGGAAAAGUGUAUCGAGCUGUGUGGAUAGGAGAUGAGGUUGCUGUCAAGGCAGCUCGCUAUGACCCUGAUGAGGACAUCAGCCAGACCAUUGAGAAUGUUCGCCAAGAGGCCAAGCUCUUUGCAAUGUUAAAGCAUCCCAACAUCAUUGCCCUCAGGGGUGUGUGUUUGAAGGAACCUAAUCUUUGCUUGAUCAUGGAGUUUGCCCGUGGAGGAUCGCUAAAUAGGGUGUUGUCUGGUAAAAGGAUACCUCCUGACAUACUAGUGAACUGGGCAGUGCAGAUUGCGAGGGGAAUGAACUACCUGCAUGAGGAAGCGAUUGUUCCCAUAAUUCACCGUGACCUGAAGUCCAGCAACAUACUGAUACUCGAAAAGGUGGAAAAUGGAGAUCUGAGCAACAAGAUAUUGAAGAUCACGGAUUUCGGCUUGGCCAGGGAAUGGCAUAAAACUACCAAAAUGAGUGCAGCUGGGACAUAUGCCUGGAUGGCUCCUGAGGUCAUCCGCUCCUCCAUGUUCUCCAAAGGCAGCGAUGUGUGGAGUUAUGGUGUGCUGCUUUGGGAACUGCUAACAGGAGAAGUACCAUUCCGAGGAAUUGAUGGUCUUGCAGUAGCAUAUGGUGUUGCCAUGAAUAAACUUGCCCUUCCAAUUCCUUCCACGUGUCCAGAGCCCUUUGCCAAACUCAUGGAAGAUUGUUGGAACCCUGACCCACACUCACGACCUUCCUUUACCAGUAUCCUAGACCAUCUCACUGCCAUAGAAGAGUCUGGUUUCUUUGAAAUGCCCAAAGAUUCCUUCCACUCCCUGCAGGAAGACUGGAAACAAGAGAUUCAAGAGAUGUUUGAUCAGCUCAGAGCCAAAGAAAAGGAGCUGCGCACAUGGGAAGAAGAGCUGACUCGUGCUGCUGUUGAACAGAAGAAUCAUGAGGAGCUGCUACGAAGGCGGGAACAGGAGCUGGCAGAACGUGAGAUUGAUAUCCUGGAAAGGGAGCUCAACAUCAUCAUCCACCAGCUGUGUCAGGAGAAGCCUCGGGUGAAGAAACGCAUGGGGAAGUUCAAAAGGAACAGGCUGAAGUUAAAAGAUGGCAAUCAUAUCAGCCUGCCUUCAGAUUUCCAGCAUAAAUUCACUGUGCAGGCUUCUCCAACAAUGGAUAAAAGAAAAAGCUUGAUCAGUAGCUGCUCCAGCCCUCCUGCAAGUCCUACCAUUAUUCCCAGACUCAGGGCCAUACAGUUGACUCCUGCUGAAAGCAGCAAAACAUGGGGACGGAGCUCAGUCCUUCCCAAGGAGGAAGGAGAGGAAGAAGAGAAGCGAGGCCAGAAGAAAAAGGGACGCACUUGGGGACCGAGCUCACUUUGUCACAAGGAGCUAGGUGCAGGAGAAGAUGGUCUGAAAGCUCUGGUAGAAGGAUACAAACAGUGGUCAUCCAGUGCACCAAACCUUGGGAAGAUCCAGAGAACUGCACCUGCUUUUCCGGGAUUCACCAGCUUAGCAGAGAUGGAUGAUGAAGACAGUGAAUGUCUUAAUGGAGAGGGCAAAGUGCACCCUUCACCUGGGCACAAUCAGUCAUACCUCUGCAUCCCAUUUCAGAAGAAUGAGGACUGGGAUGGCCCUUCUAGUGAUGCCAAUGACGAGUCCACCCCUGUGAACUCUGCUACCAGUACCCCGCAGCUGACACCCACCAACAGCCUCAAACGUAGUGGCUCCCACCACAAGCGAUGUGAGGUUGCAUUGCUUGGCUGUGGAGCAGUGCUGGCUGCUGCAGGCCUGGGUUUUGAUCUGUUAGAAGCAGGGAAGUGUCAGCUGCUGAUUGAGGAGGAGCCAGAGGCACCCAAGGAAGAGAAGAAGAAGCGUGACAGCAUUUUCCAGCGAGCUGGACGCCCACGCAGGAGCACUAGUCCACCUUCCCGAAAGAUCUUCAAGAAAGAUGAUCCCAUGUUGUUGCUAGGCGAGCCAUCCACAUCCCUCACCCUUCUUUCCCUGUCUUCCAUUUCCGAAUGUAAUUCCACCCGGUCCCUGCUGCGCUCAGACAGUGAUGAGAUUGUGGUGUAUGAAAUGCCUGUCAGCCCAGUGACAGUCAAGGCUCCCUUGCCAGCCAUUACCAACCCACUAGUCAAUGUCCAGAUCGAGAGGUUCAAACAAGACCCCAACCAGUCCCUGACUCCCACACAUGUGACGGUCUCUUCCCACACCCAGCAAAGCGGGCACAGGCGCACACCUUCUGAUGGGGCCAUCAAAGGGAGUGGACUAGUUGUGAAUGGGUGCCCAACCAGUGGAUGCCCUUCCAGUAGCUGUUUAACUGGAGCACUGGGAGCAGGUGUGUUAAAAACACCUAGUCCAAGUAGAGAUCCCAAUGAGGUCCCUCGCCUGCCAGACCCCAACCUUGUUUUUCCUCCAACCCCGAGACGAUGGAAUGCACAGCAGGACCCCACACUGGAAAGACCCAAGACAUUGGAGUUCCUGCCCCGGCCACGUCCUGCAGCCAGUCGGCAGCGGCUUGAUCCCUGGUGGUUUGUGUCACCCAGCAAUGCCAAGGGUGAAUCUUCUGCCAACAGUUCAAGUACUGAUACUCCAAGCAAUCUGGACUCUUGUUUUGCUAGUAGCAGCAGCACUGUAGAAGAGAGGCCUGGGCUGCCUGCACUGCUUCCUCUCCAGGUGGGUCUUCCUGUAGAGGAGCGGACACUGUUGGACAUAGAUGCUGAGGGGCAGAGUCAGGACAGCACCAUUCCGCUAUGCAGAAGUGAACUUAACACACACAAAGCUGCAGCUUAUGAACUCAAGCAAGAAUUCUGGUCUUAGUAUGAAAUCCACUGGGGAUAGUGAGCCCCUCUAAAUUCAAUCCUACUUUUUGCACUGAGAAUGCACUUUGAAGACAGAUGAGAUGGAGGGAUGCUACAGAGGUGCUGCCUCUGCUGAAGAUGUGUUGUUCGACUGCCUGAUUUUUGUCUGCAGUUGGAUGAAACUUGGCAACUCUGAGCUGCUGACUUUUGCUGUGGGGUUUUUCUGUAGUCUUCCCUGCCCUCUAAUUGCGGUUUGAAUCUGCAAUGAGCUAAAAUUAUCAUAUCAAAGUCUUUGUUACUGACCUUGUAGGAUUUGGCACUUGCAGUAAGUAUAUUGGUAUCUAUCCUGGUAUUAAUCAGUAUUUUCAAAGCUCAAAUGUUACACUACAGCAGACACCAGUGUUUGAUGUUUUCCCAGGAAAUCCAGGAUAGAAUAAAGUAAAUAUCUGGAGACUACCUUCUCUGAAAUGUAUUCAGAUCAUUAGAUAGGUCUGGGAAUUACGGUGCCCCCCCACUGAAGGAGCAGAAGUAGCUAUCUUAGACUCGCUUGUCCUCCUUUGCUCAUGUGAUAGUGCAAGGUGGAACAGAUUGCAGAGGAAGGGCAUGGCAUCUCCACUGAUGGAGGUCUUUGAGAACAGACUGACUAGACUUUUGGGAACGAGUAGGUAUAGUUGAUCUUGGCUUCAAGGCAGGUUGGAUGGACUUCAGUGAUCUCUUGAGGUCCUUCUCAGCCCUAUUUUUCUAUGACCCUGUGCUUUCAAAAAGAUGAAGGCUUGUGGUAUGGCUGUUUAGCUUGCUUUUCUGUUUCAAACUUCGGUUCCAUCAGCCUCUUUUUCCCACCCCCUGUAUCCCAGGCUCAUAGUCAAGCUGCCUCAGCUUUGGUAAGGGAAUUAGCAGGAACUCUUUCUUCAAAGCUGUGUUCGCAUGCAGAAGUUAUGUGUUCCCUCUCUUUUUUUUCCUUCCGGUUUUUCCUCCUUUGUUGCACUUUUUAGGAGUGGCCCUUGAAACCCAAGACUGUUCUUAUGCACACUGAUAGUUGUUUAAGGCUCUUUUGAAACUGAGGCUUGUUAGUAGUUGGAUUGUGCAAACAGGAAUCAGAACAUCUGGAUUCUGUUUUAUUUUGUCACAGACUCACUGUGUGACCUUGGGCAAAUAAUGUAACCUCUGUGCCUGAAUUUCCCCAUCUGUAAAUAAUAGGAAUAAUACCUACCUCACAGGGAGAGGGGUUGGGACACAUGUAAUAGAUAUAAAGUCCUUUGAGAUCUUGGAGUGAAAGACACUAUAGACAUGUAAAACCUUACUAUUGUUUAAAUAAAUAAAAACUCCUAACUCUGGAGCAAGAACAGACCCCUGUCUUGGAGGAAGUCACACAAAUAGGGUGUGCCUGUGCUCACAGUUUUCUGUGCAGAGACUGUGUGUCUGUACCUCUGCAGGUAUAUCUUACCGGCUUUAAUGAGAGCUUCUCUUCCCCAGUUUUGGCAUUAUAAAUAAGGGAUGUGGCCUUUAUACAAGUGUGAUAAGGUAGUCUGCUUUUUUGCAGGGUACAGCACAUCUGUUCACUCUUUUUGUACAGAUCUGUGCUUAUUUUGCUAAUCUACUGACCAUUUGGUUACAAAUAACUGAUUUGACAGUGCUGCCAACACAGUGCUCAACCUGUUAGGGCAGUCCAGUCCUGUUGUGAAGGCAGUUUACCAGAAUACUUUCUCACAGCUGUCAGCACACAGAACCUGUGUGUUUAGAUGUUUAUAACCUGAUGUUAAAAGCCAGCGUGUGUGGGGAAGUACUGUACUUAAGGUUUUUUUAAUUCUGUUUGAGGGCUGAAACCAGCAUGUUGCCAUUAGUCAGGUGCACCCUUUUUUCCAAGCAAUUACAAGAUGUUUUUGUGUAGGAAGGUCACACAUUUCUGUUUAUCACAUUCCGUGAAACGUGUUUAAUGGCAGAAUUACUUUUUGCUGCCUUCCCCAUUGAAUGCUGUGGAGGUAGCCUUAAUGGUGCUAUACUAGCUGCUGAAGCUGGAUAGGUUAUUGACUGUGUAGGCAAGGUAUUCUGAUGGUGGGGCUAAGAUACUUUAAAAAGAAAAUGUUUCUGACACCUGUUAAAUGUAGACCUUUAGCAUUAUUGACUUCUUAAGCAUUCAUCCUUUUGCUUUCCGUUUCUGAAAACUCAGUUUGUGAUCCAGGGAAUUAAAUAACAAAGGCAAAACCUACUCAAACAGAUGGUUGAUUUUGAUUGUGCUAUCAGAACAAUCUCAAGGAAAGCCCAGUCAGAGGCUGUCAGAGGGACUUCAAAGCAGGAGAUUAAACCUAUCCAUUUUUUAUAGUCUCCCUUACAAUUUUAAAAAGUUUGAAACAAAACUGGAUCUGUUGUUCUGAAAUGUAAUGUAUUCUAUCCAAAAAGUAUCUUUACAAAUGUCAUAGGAAGCAUCAUCUGCUCUACAAAGUCAUCACCUGGAAUAGUUCAAUUCAAAUAGGAGUCUUUAAAAUCCAUUUACUUGUAUGGAAUGGGAGAUUACUUUUCUAGGUCACAUUGUUUUAACUCAGCCCACUAAGUUUUCUGAUAGUUGGCCAGUUGCUUUCACCAAGUGAACUGUAAGGUUUCUGUCAAGUCCCCAACAGGCAAGACAGCUGUAAAGCCAAGUUGUUCAGUCACCUCUUUUGCUUAGGAAAGUUGAGGAUGGAGUGUCAAAACCCCUUCCCCCUUUCUCUGUUUUAGGUAAUCACUUGAUGAAAGUGGUGCGUAGCUCUAUUAGAAGUAUUUUGCUCUGAAGAGCAUCUUCUCUAACAUCAAAUGGACAUUGCUACAUCAAAGGAACUGGGUAGAACAGAUGACAAUGAGUCAAGGAUCCAGAUCAGGGUUUCCAACCUAGAUAUUCUCUAUUACAAAGCUGCCGGAAAGACAGGUAGAAGCAUAAUGUUUGGUUUUUAUUUCUUCUCUGAACACUCCUUGGAUGCAGUUAUCUUCACUGAAUCUAGCACGUGAAAUAAAAUGGGGUAGUCUUUGAACAUCGACCCAUGACUGUCUUCCAGGUGGGAGCCUGUGGCUAAUCUGAGAUACUGGGCAAGAGGAGUCUGUUGUAGAAAUAAAGCUGUUGGUUUUAGGAGGUGGUGGGAUAUUCUCUGAUGGGCAGAGGGAGCUCUCAAGGCAGAGUUGUCAGGUGUUUCACCUUAUGCAUCCCAAAAGCUGUUGCAACUGGUGUCCUGAGGCCCAGAGGCUGUGUGCAUAUUUAAGCUAGCUGGUAAUCAAUCCCUGUAUUCAUCUAUCUCAUCCUGGCUUGAUUUCUCACCAUUCUUAUUCUGUUGGGUUUUUUCCUUGCCAGCUGUGGAAGUUGAGGUGCUCCAAAUCUCCAAAGGAGUGCUUCACUGUAGUCCUCUAGAUACUGAAAAGAUAUGAGACUGUCAGCUCACAAAUCUUUUUUUCUACUAGUUACUAGUAUUCCCAUUUGUAAGGGAGACAAAAGUUUCAGAAUACUGUUGACUGACAUACCUUUCUAGCAGUGUUCAAGGAAGAUGAUGAAAAUCUUGCUAUAAAAAAUUGUAAUAAAUGUACUGUUUCCUAAAUAUCUGAAUAAGUUGCACUUAUCUUUUUCUCAUUUUCUCAGAAAAAAAAAACCAACCAUGAGAACACAAAAUCACUGAGCAGUCAAAAUUAAUGAUAAAAGAAUGGGGUAAAAUUUGUUAAAGUAAUUGCAGGGCUCACAAAGAGGAAGUGACAAAUUUUUAAACUAAUAGUAAUAGUAGUAAUGUUGUUGCUGAGAGAAAUUUUCCUAGUCAGGAAACUUUUUUUAAAUAGUCAGCAUGUAUCACUAAUUUAUGUAAUUGAUGUGCUAAUUUAAGAAAUAGAAAAAAGUUUGCCAGCCCUUCAAAAUGUGCUAUCCUUGUAGCCUAUUUGUUUUUCCUGUAAAAUUGGAGGGAAAACACAAAUAUAGCAAUUAGUGCAAAAAAAAAUUUUUAUUAAUUUCUACUGGUCUCACAGAACUUGAGUGUGGGACAGGUAGAGAGAAGAAAGCUUUUGUGUCGAAACUAAAGUGAUAAUAGUUAUGGAUUUUUUUCUAAUACUGUUGCUUCCUAUGGACUGCACAAUGCUCUGUUUUGCCAGCAAGCAGGUCUUUUAUCUCCUUUCAAUCCUUUUCAGAGCUGCAAAUGUAACUUUUUAUAGGUGUUAUUUUUUCCUUCAAAUUAUUACUGCAAUGGGUUGAUAUUCAGUAUGGAGCAGGGACCCUCAAUGAAACUAAUUCUUUUCGUAAUGGUUUUCUAACAAAAUGUGUGUUUUCAAAGUGAAGUUUACAUUAUUGAUGUGGAAACACCUGUUCUGGUUUGGCAUGCUUUUAUGAUGAAGUAUUUUUCUGUACCUCUAGGAAUGGGAGUAGUUGCCUUGCUCUUCAUAGCAUGCUGUUAUCUUAAGACUUUAUGGAUAACACUGCAUAAAGGUGUUACUUUGAUUUGUCAUGAAACUGGAUACCUCAUUCUGUUGAAGGUGAGGCAGUAAUGGUCAAGUAAAGAAAGGUCUUUGCCAUCUGGAGUGUUCUGUUAAAUAGAAAAUGACAGGAAACCUCCCAUCUUGAGUCACCUUUCUAUCUAGAGAUAACUUUUAUUUGAAACUUAAUUCAUCUCUGUGGGAUGAAUAUGGGAGCUGGAGUCCCAUUAGAUGUAUGGAACCAAACCUAAUACUGUAUCCCAAAAUUCGAUGAUAGACUGUUAACUUUUGUAAGUAAUUUUAAACUAAUAUUAAUGGUUUUGUUUCUUUUGGGCUUUUUGGAAACCUUUCUUCUUGGAAGACAUGCUUAUUGCUUUCUAACCUUUUCUAUGCGUUUUGGAAGUAUUUGCAAGAACUCUUGCCAGCUCUCUGGCAAAUAAGGAGGCUUACGUCUUGCACAGUGAUACAGGUCCUCCUUUUGACUUCACGUUUUUCAGUAUGAAACAAAGAUGAUUAUAUUUUGAAAUGAAGAUUUCUGAUCCUUAUCCUGUUGCUGCAGAACAGCUGCUUAAAUUCCAUAUUUAUAACUCCCUUAAAGCUAUAAUUUAGGUGAAACUGGACAUUAAGAGUGAGGGGAUAGACGUGUGUUAAAACAUAUUUGCAAACAAGCAAUAAAUACAGCAUGUAUAUGCGAAGAACCAAAACACACUCAUGCUGUCACAGAGGAUAACUUUCAGACUUCAUAAACCUUUGCUUGAUCAUAUAGCUAAGAUAUCUUAGGGCAAGAAUGCCUUUCUAUGUUUUUCUGUUAAGUUUUUUAGUGUAAGAUUAGAAUAUGGUGGUUUGCACAACCAGUGGUAUUGUAUCUAGCUGAACAGAAGCGAUUCUUAACCAAAUUUUAAUCUUUUCCUUCAUUAUUUCCAAUCCCGUUUGUGGUUUACAUUUUCCCUUUUUCUGUGGUUAACAAACAAAAGAGUCUUAAGAAGCACUUGUUUGUUGUUUCCUCAGCCCUACUUUCACUGUUUCGUGAGGCAGUAUGGAAAUGCCUUCAUGGCUUAUUCUGCUGCUUCCUCUGUUGAACACGCUGGUAUAAAGUCACAUGCUGCUGUUAAAAUGUGUAUUUGCUUCUGUUUUUUCUGAUGCUCAGAUUUUUGAGCAGUUUUGCUAUUGGUGAAAGAUUAAUACAGCUUCUGAAAUGACCUACAUCAGCUUUAUUUUUGUAUGUUAAAAAUAGUCUUUCCCACCGAAUAGGUGUGUGUGCUUGAUUAAAAGAUAAUUUGCCACUGGUGACAGAGUGGUGGGUCUGAUGUAGCUACCAGAAUUAUUGUUUCUCCUCUCUAACAAGGAUCUCCCUUUUUUUGCAACUGGAAAGUCUGCAGCACUUCAUCAAUGUUUGUACAAGAAACACAUUUUAUUUCCUUCUCUACAUGUGUCAAAAAUAUUUUUUAUUUUGUUACUAAAUGGACCAGGAACACAAUUUUGCUACUGAGAAUGGCUUCUUGGACUGUUUGGUUUUGGGGUUUUUUUGUUGUGUUUUGUGGUUUGUUUGUUUUUUUAAACCUGUGAGAGAUGUGUUAGGUGUAUCCUGUAUUCCUAGGUGCCUUCUAUCUCACAUGCCUCCUUGCUAGGGCCUGAGGUUGUUUUUUGGAGGGAACUCCUGGUUGUAGCUUUCAGUACUGUAUUGUUCUUCAUUGCACAUCAGGUCAAAUACCAGCACAGUAAAUAUUUCAUGUCCUCCCAUUUAUUGAUGUUCAUACACCCCUGUGGAAAGAAGUGCACUAUCCCUGGCUCUCCUUAUCUCUCGAUUAGCAUACUGCCCCUAUCUCAUCUUUUUUAGUUAUUAAUUAUUGUUGCCAUAGUACUUGGGGGCCUAAGACAGAAACAAAUACAUGUUUUAGGUGUGGUUUGACCUAAAAUGUUUUCCAAGUCAAAAGCAUAAGACACAGCUGGGAGAAGUGAAAAUGAAGAUUUGCAGGAAAUAGAAAAUAAAAGAGUAAAAUUAUCCUUCUUAAUAAGCAGUUAGAGUACAGAGGGAUACUAGCUGCUUAGUAAUUUCAUGGCAUUGUAGGCAAGUUGGGUCCUAAAGAAGCAGUUGAGGGGAAUGUGUAGUUACUUAAUCUCUGAUUGGUUUCUUUUAUUUUACCCUGAGAUACCUCAUUUGUAGAGAUGUAAAGGGAAGAAAGCAUAAGUUUUGGUAAGAACUGCUCUAGGUAGGCAGUUGAGGCUGGAACGAUGGGAGGACAGAGGCAAACACUUGUAUUUGGCUUUUUAACAUGCUAAUUCCUAAUCAAAAAAUAAAACCAGCAACUCAGUUUCCUAAAUUAAGUUUAUACUUGAUUUUACUAUGUAUGUCUCAA